AUGGAGUAUGACGCGAUUCGUGGUCUGGAUCGUCUUUGGGAGGUUCUACUGUUUGUGAGUCCUGGUCAGCAUGCUCAAAAAGCUGCGGAGGUGGGACAAGAUGCAAAGAGUGCAAUUCCUUUGCGGCCGCGCAUUGUGUUCCUGGCCAACAAACAUGCAGUGAUAGUCCAGACGGCAUUAGAUGCACUCAGUGUGAAGAUCCGUACUAUGCUGGGAAUGAGUACCAGAAAUGCUCAGGCAACUUGCCAUUCUAGAAAUUUAGAGUGCUAUUGUUCGGAUAUAGGAAAGUGUGAACUUUUCAAUUACUCAAUCUCGCUGAAUAAGCUCGUUGAAGCAGAUAAGCAUACCGGGAACCACAACAGGAACUACUUCUUCACAAUUACGGUCACUAACAAUGCCUUGCUGACAACGACAGAGCACAUCGAUGUACUUGUUGACGAAUCCCCACCAGAAGAAGGAGUAAUUUAUGAAGGUCCUGUGGACUACAAAGAUAUAGACUACACAAGUGAGGAUUCCUUUGUUGUACACUGGCAUGGCUUUAUCGACCAUGAAAGUGGAAUCAAACUCUACAGGUUAGGGCUUGCCACCAGAUGCUUGACUAAAGAGGAACUCUACAACUUUACAGGUGUCACUGAAAUAAUGGAGAUUGAUUACCAAAGUCACAUCUGCGUUAUCAACGCAUAUUGGAAAGAUUUUUACGACCCAGAGAGUGGCUUAGCAUUCUUCAGAGUUGGUCUUGGAACCGAUCCAUAUCAGACCGAUGAACGACCACUGAAAGAUGUUGAAAUGAUGACAGAUUUGGACUUUAUUGACUGGACGGACAAAAUCAUGGCCUGUUGGGACGGGGUGUUUGCUGAACCGCAGAGCUUCAUUGAUCAUUUCAGCGUCAGCCUUGGGACAUCACCUCACAACAGUCACAUGCUCUUUCAGGUGUCUAUUGGAGCCGGUACAACUGAAGGGGGUUUUCAGAUCAAAUCCUUGUUUGAGGUACACAAUCGCAAUAACUUCGCAGUAAUUACCGCGCCAUUUGUGCAUGGGACACCAAUAUAUAUAACUGUAAUAGCCGAGAACCACGCUAGCCUCACGUCGGUUUUCCAUUCUGGUAAAGCGCUAAUAAUAGAUCACACUCCUCCAAUCGUAAGCGAUAUUGAUGUUGCCGUUUCCGUUAUAACAGGUAAUUCUACAAAAAUGCUUACAACAUGGAAAGUGCUAGAUGACGAAUCUGAUGUUCAAUUGUGCAGUUGUUUAAUUGGAUCUACACCUCUGUCAGCUGAUAUACAGGAGGAAAGGGAUUCGGAUACAUCGCAGUAUUGUCAGUCAGACAUACUGAACCUUUCUAAUGGCGACAGAGUCUUUGUUACGGUCAAAUGUGUGAACAAGGUCGAAAUCACCACGACCUUAGUUUCGAGACCAGUGAUCAUCUAUCUUGAACCACCCAACAACUCGCAAGCCUUCGUUCGGUUUGUGCCAAUUAGUAAGGACUCUUUUUCAAUGACUGCUCCAUUGUCCGCCCAGUCUUCUGCGCAGUCUAAUGCAAGCAUAUUGCAGAUGGAAUGGAACAACUUCAAAGAUCCUUCAGAGAUAACAUCAUACAGGUAUCGUAUCCAAAGCAAUGGUGAUAUUGUUGUGGACUGGACUGAUGCUGGCCUAAAGGACAUGUGCUCCAAUGAGCAUCUUAAGUUGACAUCAGGCGAGACAUACACGGCAGAAAUUCAGGCAGUAAAUGGCGGAGGAUUCGCCAGUUCUGUUGUCAAGUCUUCGCUGAUUGUAGCUUCAGAACCACCGGCGCUCACAGGAUCCCAUCUAUCUGCUGUUUUCUCAAAUGGCAAAUUAACUCUCGAUUGGGAAAAUGUCUUCGACACAGUCACAGGAGUACCAACUCACUACAGCCUCGUUGUUGGGUCACGUGACGGAUUUUCUGAUAUCGCUGACGUAACCUACACACGUGACCACGUGUAUGACGUCAUCGUUCCAUCAUCAACGCUUGUUUCUUCCAAUCUGACCGAGCUGUACAUAAAAGUGAGUUGUACAUACACCACGGGGAUGUUUACAACAUACAGUACAUCGCACAAACUGUGAAGUUAACAUGUUUGUUUGAAAUCGGCGAUAAGUGUUGUAAUCUUUCCAACUCUUUUUUUUGUUUCCAUUACCUUACAUGCAUUUAAUGUCUCGCAAAAAUCGUAAGGCUUAAAACCGUACAUAGAAACAUCAUAAAAUAUUACGUAAAUCAUUCUUCGUCAGAGAAACCCGCAAAUACAAAUGUUUGCUUUAUACUUUCAAUACUUUGUACAUGUGUAUACCCACGUUUUUAGUAUGUAUUUUUCCAUAACAAAUAAUCGGAUUUUAAUAUUUGUCAUUCAAUCAAUAUAUUAUUUUAGUGUAUGUAUUGUGCUAUUUUACUAAUGGUCAAUAGCAAACAGUUGCAAGUAUCAUUUAAAGAUCAGUGUGUUUCAGAUAAAUUAAUAACCAGAAAUAAUAUAUAUUUAUAGGUAUUCGAAUACUUCAGUUGUAUUUUUCGCUUGGAUAUAUUCGCUACUCUAUAAUUCUGCUUGAUUGUGUAUAAAGAUAGCUUUUAAGUUUGCAAACGUUACUAGAACCUGCAUGAAUGGGACCGGUUAAUAGAUUUACGAAUUCACAAACUUUAAAUAAAAAAGAACAAUUUUAACAAGGCAGCGAAAUAGACUACAUACAAAUAAAAAAUUGCUUAUAGUAUAAUUCUGUGCAUGAAGCUUAGUUUUUGUUGUUCGAUUUUAAAAUUGUGGACAUUGUUCAAUUCCAUUACAAAAAGUAACAUCCGGUGAAAACGAACAUCAGUUAUGACGACUUUAUGGUCAACAGAUAAAAUGUAACCAAAUUAUUAUUAUUUAACCUACAUCAAUUCAUAGUUAUUUUUAUCUUUUCAGUUUUUAAAUAUCAAUAAACUGAUGCCUAAUUUU